AUGUACCGUGCUCUCCCUGCGUCGAGGCAGGUCAAAUCGACCGUUGGGCGUGGGGCAACUCGAGUCAUAAGACGCCGAAUCGCUACCGAAGCACCAGUCACACCAAAAAAGAAACCUCGAGUGAUACGGCGAAUAUUCUGGACUACAGCUGCCCUUACGGGCACAUUCUAUGUCGGAAGCACGUUCCUUGCGCUCAAGAACCAAGCUUAUUACGACUUUUUCUCUGAAAAUGUUCCACUUGGUGAAGCGAUGCUCGAGUAUGCAGAGUUCCACAGCUGGGACACGGUGACUUUGAAUUCCUUGGCCGAUUCGGCUGUAGGAGCCGCGACGUCUGCGCAAAAGUUCGUCAUGGAGAAGAUAAACGGUGCACCACAGGAUUUGAAGGAUGUCAAGGCCAGAGUAGAAGAGAAAGUUAAAGAGGCAAAGACUACGGUGGUGAAGAAAGCCGCUGAAGCCAAAGAUACAGUGGGGAAGAGGUUUGCAGAGUCUAAGGAGACGGUUGAGAAGAAGGCUCCGGGGAUGGUGAAAAAGGCUACUGAGGCUAAGGAAACGGUGAAGGCUGCUGCUGAGAAGGUCAAGUCCGAAGUCACCAAAGAAGAUGGCAAGAUCAGACAAGUGACGGAACAGUUCAGUGAAGAAGUCGCCGCUCUCGCACGGAAAGCAGAAGACGCACUUGCUGGAAAGAUCCCUACGAGCCCGUCUGGAACUUCCGAAUCCACAUCAUCUCCCGACCACCUCUAUACGCGACCUCUUCCUGUUGGUUUUGAACCUCCGCCAGGUUUCAACCGUCCUCCACCUCCAAAGAGGGAAGCACCGAAAACACCUGAACUUCCCCUUGUUGCCCCUGCUGUGUCUUCACUUGGAUCAUCAGAACCAGUCAUUUCCCAUUUAGCCGGUACAAUUGACAGUCUUGCUUCGUACUUAAAGUCCAACCCAGCAGCUGCUGAGCGCAUCAGUGGUGUUCUCGAGUCAGCCAAGAGCGAUCUGACAUCUCUUGCAGAGCGUAUAGAGAAAGCGCGAGAGGAAGAGCGGACGACAUUGGAAAGCAAGAUGGAUGAACAAACUCGGGAAUAUACUAUCAAGCUUUUGGAGGCUGAAAUGUCAUCCCAGGACAAACUCGACAGCCAGGAAGAUGAGUUCCGGAGAAUGUUCGACCUCCAACAGGCUCAAUUGGUGCAAAAGUAUCGCGAAAAGUUGGAGAACGAAUUGCAAACCCAGUCUGAGCUGAUCAAUGAACGCUUAAAAAACGAAGUCAUUGCUCAAGGCAUCGAGCUGCAACGUCGCUGGAUUCGCGAAAUCAAAAUGCGAGUUGAGGAAGAACGUGGUGGACGUCUAGCCAAAAUCGACGAGCUUUCCGGACACCUGAAACGCCUCGAGCGCGUUGCACUCGACAAUUCUGCAUACCUCGAUGAGAAUAUCCGUGUACACGCCCUAUAUUCGGCAGUCCGCGCGCUCACAAACUCCUCCCUGGGUUCCCCUGUACGCAAGCCUUUCCGGGAAGAGCUCCGAGUUGUUCGACAUAUCGCUGCUGCACGUGAAGAUCCUGUUGUUGCCGCUGCUUUGGAAACAUUGGAGGCGUCCGAUGUGCCUGAUAUUGGCGUCGAGCCUUUGGCUGACCUCGCAACAUGGUAUACCACAUCGGUUGCUCCUAAAGUGAGCCAUGUUGCACUAGUGCCGGAUCAGGAUGCAGGCCUUUUAUCUCAUUUGGCGAGCUACGCAUUCAGCGGGGUAAGGUUCAGAAGGCAAGGGUUAGUAGAGGGGAGGGACGUCUUGAGUGUGUUGGCUCGUGCUGAGCACCACCUCAAUGAGAAAGAUCUCGACAGUGCAGCGAGGGAACUUAAUCAGUUGAAAGGCAGUGCAAAAAUGCUACUGCAUGACUGGCUUGAAGCGGCACGUAGACGCCUCGAAGUUGAACAGGCGCUCGAGGUUAUUCAAACACAAGCUACGCUGGCAUCACUCUUAGUAGUAGAGUAA